CUUGUACCUUGGUUUGCUCUAAAUGUGAGAAUACCAAAAGAAAAGAAAAAAGUUUAAAAUAAACGUGAACUGUCCAUGACUCUCUGUGUGCAAACACAACUGCAGCCUUCACCGUCCACACAGCCGCAGGUAACUCAGGUAAGCUCCGUGACGUCAUCCAUACCGGAAGUGGACAGAGGGGCAGCCGUGCGGUUUGGACUUUCUGCUCCAGCGCUGUUGGAACAGUUACUCGAAAAUUGCGGACAUUGUUUUAUUCGGAGGAAAGCGUCUUUCCCAGUAGAGAGAUGUGCAACUUUGAUAAGGACAAAGGCCCAAGGAGGCUGAUGCAAAAAGGGCUUGCGCUCAUCAUGGUCGGCCAUAUUAACUUCAUCCUGGGAGCUAUUGUCCAUGGCAGUAUCCUUCGCCACAUUUCCAAACCCAGCCAGCAUAUCUCCACUGAAUACACCGUAGCCAACAUCAUCGCUGUCACCUCCGGCCUCCUGAGCAUUGCCAGUGGGAUUAUUGCCAUUGUGGUAACGAGGAACCUUCAUAAUCUCAAACUGCAAAUAGGACUUCUGAUUGCCUCAUUCCUAAACACCUUGAUCUCGGCGGCAUGCUGCACUGGGCUCCUCUUGGCCAUCAGUAUCACUGUGGCCCACAAUGGGGAGGGUUUGAUGACAGGAUGCAAUGACACAGAGAUUCCCAUCAAUGCUCGCUCACCUAUCAGUGCCCGCUGUCCAUUUGAUACUACACGGAUCUACGACACCACCUUGGCUUUGUGGAUCCCCUGUGCUGUGCUGGCAGCAGCUGAGGCUGGACUGUCGGUGUGGUGCUUCAUCGCUGUACUGGCUCUCAGAGGGCUGCCACCCUGUGGGAACAGCUACAUCAAAGAGCAGCUGGAGGAAGAGGCUGAGUGCUCUCCCCAAAGCCGACGCCUGAUGGGACGACGCUUCAAUCCUGAAGCAUAACUGAACAAAAAGGAGAAACACAGCUAAAUCCCAAAAUGCAUCACUGCUCCUGAUCACAGACUGAUAGGUUUUCUCCAACAGCCAGUUAGGUGAGUGUCACUGUAGUCGUGGAGUACAGGAAUGGACUCUUGCUGAGUGUUACAGUGAAUUCACAUACAGUGAAGCUGUGAGCUGAAUACAGCAGGGCCGAUUUAAUCUGGUGUAUCAGUGCCUAAUGAAACCCAGCAAUGGUAAGUUAAUCUACAGUGACAUAUCUAAUAACUGAUAUGUACGUUUUAGUCGGUGCAUUCCAAAGAUCACAUCUUUCUGCAUAGAUAUUGGAACUCAGUGUGCAUAUAAAUGUGUUAAAGCUCGUUUCUCCUUUCCGUCUCAUCAGUAUCCCUUCUUGACUGUGUGGAUUCAGUGAUAUCGAAAAUGUCGUGCUAAGCAUGUCUUUCCAUAUGAAGAAACCUUUAUUCUUGAAGAAAACAUACAAUAUAUCUAACAAAAACAUAUUUUAUUUUUUAGCUGAAUUAUGUAUAUUUUAGUUAACGUGAAUUCUUUCUCCAGCAAAAUCAGUUUUAUUCCAAUGUUUUUAUAUUUUACUGUUUGUCCAGAUUCCGAACCACUCCAUUGUAUUGAAGAUGUCUGUAACAGACCAUACAUAUAAAUUGUGCCGCUUAUGAAUGUUGGUAAAUUCUAAUGUGGAGCCAUGUCAUGUAAACUGUGUGAUGCUGUGAUUUGGUGUAAAACAAUGAAAACAGUCAGUUGCCUUUAUGUCCAUGCAGAUACAGUAUUUGGCUAAAAGCUACAUUAGGCAGACUGAGCUUCUUGCAAAUGCUUUGUACUGAUAGAUAAUUAUAGUAAGUGCAGCAAGUGACAUGUCCUUAGAUGUUCAUUAGUUUACUCUGUGACUUACCGUAGUAGGCAAACAUUAGCUUGUUGAACGCACCACAGAUACAGCAAUUGUGCUAUAGUUUAUAUACUUACUGAAUAUUUAGACUUUUCAAAUUUUUUCUACCACAUUAUUAUUCGAUAGAUGUUUUGUUUUUUUAAUCACAUUUUAUUAUUAUUAUUAUUAUUUGCCUUUGGUCAGACAUUUGAAGUGAUAAACUGAUAUGGAAAUUAAAAAUUUUAUCUACAUGAAUACGCAAUUGCGGAAGACGUCAUCACUGUCAUGCAUUUCCGACUGCUAAAACACAACGCCAUGUGGAUAGCAGGAGGAUGUUUAGGAAAUACACUCUGUACUGCCUGAAUUAAAGAUAAUGUGGACUUCAAA